AGAGAUGCAGGCUGAAGAGUGAAGUUGAAGUUCUUAGAAGCACUGAGAAAUCAUGGGCGCUGCAGUAGGGGUUGAAAUAGUCAAAGGCCCACAGUUCAUGAAAUAAGCAGAAUGUUCCUGAGUGGAUUGUAACUCUUUUGGAAAUAGCUUUGUGAGAGGAGGUUGGAGCUCUACUCAAAACCCCGCGUUAGAGAAACUGAAAAGGCAUCUAUUUUCUCUACUUAGCUGACUGUUCUCCAGAAUGUUGAGAUUGCCAAAGAAGUGACCACAACAAAGGAAAAUAUUGAUCUCCAUAAAUUCAGACCACAUCCUUUGCGGUGCCAUAGCACAUGGAUUUCAGAACCGCCUGUGAGGAGACAAAGACAGGGAUUUGUUUGCUGCAGGAUGGUAAUCAAGAGCCUUUCAAAGUUCGGCUGCACCUAGCCAAAGAUAUUCUGAUCAUCCAGGAGCAGGAUGUGAUUUGUGUGUCUGGUGAGCCUUUCUAUUCUGGUGAAAGGACGGUGACCAUCAGAAGACAAACAGUGGGAGGAUUUGGAUUAAGCAUAAAGGGAGGAGCAGAGCAUAACAUUCCAGUUGUCAUUUCAAAAAUCUCCAAGGAGCAAAGAGCGGAACUUUCAGGACUACUCUUUAUUGGGGAUGCGAUUCUACAGAUAAAUGGAAUUAACGUAAGAAAAUGCAGACAUGAAGAAGUGGUUCAGGUUCUUCGAAAUGCUGGAGAAGAAGUGACUCUAACUGUUUCAUUUUUAAAAAGAGCACCUGCCUUCCUUAAACUUCCAUUGAAUGAAGACUGUGCAUGUGCUCCAAGUGACCAGAGCAGUGGUACCUCCUCUCCUCUUUGUGACAGUGGCUUGCAUCUCAACUACCAUCCAAAUAAUACAGACACCUUAUCAUGUUCCUCAUGGCCAACAUCUCCAGGCUUAAGAUGGGAGAAGCGAUGGUGUGACCUCAGACUGAUCCCCCUGCUUCAUUCACGCUUGUCCCAAUAUGUUCCCGGCACAGAUUUGAGUCGGCAGAAUGCCUUUCAAGUCAUUGCUGUGGAUGGGGUCUGCAGUGGAAUCAUUCAGUGCCUCUCUGCCGAGGAAUCUGUUGACUGGCUACAAGCAAUAGCAAUGAAUAUUUCAAACCUCACAAAGCACAAUAUUAAAAAAAUCAACAGAAAUUUUCCUGUAAACCAGCAGAUAGUCUACAUGGGCUGGUGUGAAGCACGGGAGCAGGAUCCCCUCCAAGACCGUGUAUACUCUCCAACUUUUCUAGCCCUGAGGGGCUCAUGUCUUUAUAAGUUUCCAGCACCUCCGGUGACUACCUGGGACUGGACUCGAGCAGAGAAAACAUUCUCAGUUUAUGAGAUUAUGUGCAAGAUUCUCAAGGACAGUGACCUGCUGGACCGGCGGAAACAUUGCUUCACCGUGCAGUCUGAGUCUGGGGAAGACCUGUACUUCUCUGUGGAGUUAGAGUGUGACCUUGCCCAGUGGGAAAGAGCCUUCCAAACAGCCACCUUUCUAGAAGUAGAACGGAUACAGUGCAAGACGUAUGCCUGUGUGCUAGAAAGUCAUCUAAUGGGCCUCACGAUUGACUUUAGCACAGGAUUUAUCUGCUUUGAUGCUGCAACAAAGGCUGUACUUUGGAGGUAUAAAUUUUCUCAGCUUAAAGGUUCUUCAGAUGAUGGCAAGAGCAAAAUCAAAUUUUUGUUUCAGAAUCCAGAUACUAAACAGAUUGAAGCAAAGGAGCUGGAAUUCAAUCUAUUUGCUGUUCUUCACUGCAUUCAUUCAUUCUUUGCUGCCAAAGUAGCUUGUUUGGACCCUCUAUUUUUAGGCAAUCAGGCAACUGCUUCUGCUGCUGCCAGCUCUGCUUCUACAAGCAAAGCGAAGUACACAACUUGACAUACUAGUUCUGCAUUGACAGUUACCAUGACUAGAUAAACAGACUAAACAUAUUCAUCAUUUUACUCCCUGGAGAAACUAUGAUAUCACCAAGUCAACAAUGGAAUCAGAUUGAAGUUUCAGCAGAAAAAAAAAAUGAUCAUGAGGCAUCUUAAAUGCAUUUCAUUUCUGGAAGGCAUCUGUAAAUAAUCCUAGAUUAACAGGACAGCCUGUGUUCACUUGGUUGAUUUGUAUCCAUAUACUGCUUUCACCAAAUGUGAAGAUAAAGAAAUGAAUGGUAUGAAGAUAUAUGUAAAUAAUAUAAAAAGUUGUAAGCUACCUAUAAAUAAAAAAAUAACAAUUAAAUGGUUAUUUCUGUAUUUUAGAUUAUUUUGUAUGACAAAUACAU